GUCGCGUUAGGUGACCUCUCUUCCACACCUGUUCUGCUCUGCUCACCAGUUUUUUAGUCCUCCCGCCCGAGACGCAAGCUGCAUUUCCGAUUUCUAUAUCGCGCCCAGCCGAGGCUCUCCAGCACCCACCAAUCGAGACGGGAUGGAAGCUCAGCAGCUCUGCCUCGUUUGACCUGUCCUUCCUUCUAUAUAUUAUCGAAGUCGAAGCUUGCUUGAUCCCACGCAGAUCGCCGACGGCCACGUUGCCCAUGAACUGGUCAAGUACGGCCCCGGGGAAAAGAAAAGGGGAAGGGAAUCAUUCAACAGCUCGCUGCGGCUGCGCUGCGCACGUACCAGAUGAGGUUACCGUCGAUGACAAGGUAGUCAGCGUGUUCUUCCGUGCUUGCUGGGCGCUGGUAUCUGCUUUGAUCGAGGAAAUGGAGGGUGGUUCUUGCGGCGGCGUCGGGCAGAUGGGUGCUUCGUCUUCGGCGGCGCAGGGGAGGGUGGGCGCGACCAACCUCGGGAGGCUGCGGUGCGCGCGGCAGCAGGGGAAGCAGGGCGUCAGGGGCGCGGGCGUCACGUCCUGGCACCUCAGAGUGUUCGCGGCGGUCGUCGGGGUCAUGGGCUGCGUCCUGCUGGCCGCGUCCCUCGUCAUGUCCGCGGUGCACCAGCUGCAGUUCAGGAACGGCGCCAUCUCCAGGAACUUCAGGGGGCUUCAGGAGCUUAAGCUAAACAUUGUAAGGAAGGAACCAGCAGAGCAGAUAAUGCACGGAAGACUUCUGCAUAUGGCAACUUCUGCUGUUACAAAAGUGCAGAACGAAUCUGGAACUGAAAACUUCGCACUAUGGGAAGAGCCCUACAAACAAGCGCGUAAAUGGAAGCCCUGCGCUGCUAAGCACAGCUUGGUCGAUGAAGAGCCUGACGAGAACAACAACGGGUUCAUACUGGUCAGCGCAAAUGGCGGUCUGAACCAACAGCGUGUGGCUGUGUGUAACGCUGUUGUCGUUGCUGCUCUGCUUAAUGCUACCCUAGUCCUCCCAAGGUUCCUUUACAGCAGCGUGUGGAAGGACACAAGUCAGUUCGGUGACAUCUAUCAGGAAGAUUACUUCGUGAACUACAUAAAGAGUGAUGUGCGUGUUGUGAAAGAUUUACCACCUCACCUUCAGUCACUAGAUCUUGAAGCAAUUGGCAGCCAGAUCACUGAUAUGGACAUUACCAAGGAGGCUGAACCAUCUGAAUUCAUCAAAUCUGUUCUUCCGAUUCUCCAGCAAAAUGGCGUUGUUCAUUUCUUCGGAUUCGGAAACCGGCUUGGCUUCGACUCAGUGCCUGUCCAUCUGCAGAGGCUGAGAUGCAGAUGCAACUUCCACGCUCUCAAGUUCGUCCCUGAACUCCAGCAAGUAGGCUCCCUGCUGGUCCAGCGGCUGCGCAAAGUGGGAGCCAUGCAGACGGAGGUGGACAAGCAACUGUUCGGGAACAACAUGCUCGAUCCAGCCUUCGCUGAGAACCACACCGCCGGCGCGUCAAACAGGUACCUCGCCCUGCACAUGAGAUUCGAGGAGGACAUGGUCGCCUACUCCCUCUGCGACUUCGGCGGCGGCGAGGAGGAGAGGAGGGAGCUGCAGGCGUACAGGGAGACCCACUUCCCGACACUCGCGAUGCGCCUCCGGAACACCUCGGUGUCGCCGGAUGAGCAGCGCAGCCUGGGAAGGUGCCCGCUGACGCCAGAGGAAGCAGGCCUCGUCCUCUCCGCGCUCGGCUACGACCACCGGACGUUCAUCUACGUCGCCGGGUCGCAGAUAUACGGCGGCGGCCCACGGCUGCGUCCCCUGACGCGGCUGUACCCGAAUCUGGUCACCAAAGAGGACAUCCUCACCGCCGACGAGCUCGCGCCAUUCAAGAACUUCUCUUCACGGCUUGCGGUGCUGGACUUCAUCGCCUGCUCCUCGGCGGACGUGUUCGCGGUGACGGACUCCGGGAGCCAGCUCUCGUCGCUCGUGUCCGGGUACCGCAUCUACCACGGCAGGGGCCGCGCGCCGACGCUGCACCCGAACAGGAAGCGGUAUGCGCAGGUACUGUCCGAGGAAGGGAGCAUUGAGUGGGGCGGGUUCCAGAGGAGGGUGAGGCAGAUGGUGGAGGAGUACAAGCGGGUAAGCCCGCGGCCGAGGGGCCGGAGCGUCUACCGGGAGCCGAGGACGCCCGGGUGCAUGUGCAGGGCCGGCGGCGACGGCAGCGUCGAUUUCUGAUGCUCAAGGUUGCAGCGUCGGUUAAUAUCAUACGGCUGUUCUGCUCCAUUCUUUUGUGCAUAGCUCACUGGUUAACUUUGAAUUCUUUCAGUAGCUCAGGAUACAUGUCAGGAAAGGUGAUACAGUGUUGAGCCCAAUAGUACGGUUGUAACACAGCUUUACAAAAGAGGAGUUGUACAAAAGUGAAACGUGCCAGGCUUUAAUACAUCUUUCAUAUGCUAUCGCUCUUAGUCAGAAAAAGAUCUCUCGUCGAUAAGUUUAGAGUAAAGUUCAGGGCUCUGGAACGCA